AUGCUGGACGGGGAGACUCUUCCAAGCGUUGGACAGUCCCAAGUGGGCAAUGCGGGCUUGUCACCGGAACAACGUAAAUAUCACGUUAUCAGUGCGCAGCUAGAGAGUAUCAUGGGUGAAGCAUGCAAGGAGCCCCCGUCUGGUGCGAAUUUUGUGUCGAUCAAAAGACGUAUCACUGCGCUGCAGUAUGCCCUUGAAGAAGCGGAGCGAAGAAUUUGUGAGAAGCAGCGUCUUGAUGACAUUUCAAGGAAGAGAAGGGUCCUUGAUGUUUAUUUGCGUCGGGCGAAGAAGGAUGAGGAGCGGAGAGAUGUGCUCGAGAAAGACGAUGGGCGACGAAAACAACUGGUGUCUGAAAUGCAAGAGGAAAAGCGCUUUUAUUACAAUCAAAAAAACAAGGAAGUGGGUGGACGGAUAGAGAAGUACAAAAAUUCCAUUUUUGAUGCACAGGCCGCAGUGAUUGAACGGGCGGAAGCAGAGGGCGAGAAGAGGAACAGAAUUCUCUCACGUCUGCAAGAGGAACGUGCACGAACUGCUUAUGAGCAUAAAGAGAAAUCACGGAAGCGCAUGGAACGCUGUCGUGAGGUUCUUAAUCGCCGGAAGCAACAAGAGGAAGAAAGGAGACGUGAAAAACAAGCCGCAUUUAUUUCUCACAUGAGGAAAUUAGAACAGGACGAGGGAAUUGACGCCAUACUAAAUAAAAGAAAAGACAUACACUCCUUUUUGGCCCGUCGUCGCAACAGCAGCAGGGCUGGCACUGACGAUGGCUUCAUGGAGGCAGCAGCACCAUCGAGGUAUAAAACCCAUGAGACGCUUUUGAGGGAAUUGAAGGAAAAGGAGGAGCAGCAUAAGGCACGGUAUGAGGCAGAGCAAGCCUUCAGGCAGUACGAAAUACAGCUUCGGGCCCAUGCACGACAAAAGCGCAUGGAGAGACAGAGACAAAAUUACAGAGCUCAGCUUGAAAAGCGAAUUCAGCGUAAUGAUGAAAUAAUUGAAAUGGCACGCGAAAAGAAAAAACGGGGUGAGUUAGUAAAGGAUGCUCGCGAGGCAAGAGAACAAGAAAAUCUUAAUGAAAUUACACGCGAUAUAGAACAGCACCGUAACCGCGCAGAGAAGAUGGCAUACCGGCGCCACCAGGAUGCCUUGGAGAAGAACUAUUACAGGUGGAAUGGUCGAGCACAGCGGGUCAUUCUCCAAUUGCAGGAUGCCAUCAGGGCGGAUAAAGAUAAAAAUUGUGCGAUGGAUGAAAACGAAGUUUUUAUGCCUACGGCGUUAUGUUCAUUUGAUAAUCUUUAA